UAGUAAUAGAGUCAACCCAUCGACCCCGAUAACCUUCCUCGCAAUGCUCCCUAGCAAGCCUCGCACCAUCUUGCGAUCGGUGGCUCGUCACGUUUCGAGCCCAUCUAUCCACGCCCGUCCCCGACCGGCGUUACCUCCUAUCCCUAUCGCCCUCUCUCCCGUCUUCUCUCGACCCAACGUCGAGGCUCUGCAUGCGUUCCAGUGUAAUAGGCUCUUCUCGAGCUCUUCCAGGGCGUCCUCCGCUACGGUUGACAAGGUGCUGGGAGUCGCCGCGGCUUUAAAGGCUCAAGAGGACGAUGCGUUCCAGGUCAAGCCCGAGAUCUUUGACGAGUUUAGUUUGAAAGGACGGGUCGGUGUGGUCUCUGGAGGAAACGGCGGGCUGGGUCUCGAGAUGGCCGUCGCGCUGUGUGAAGCCGGCGCCAAGAUCCACGCGCUCGACCUCCCUGCCCAACCUUCUUCUGAUUUCCAUGCCUGCAUGGCCUACGUCGACAAGCUCAAGAACGGCUCCUCUCUCACCUACCAUCCGACCGAUGUGACCGAUCAGUCCCGGAUCUCUUCACUCGUCAUUGAUCAGAUCGCCCGAGAAGAGGGGAGACUCGACCUCUGCGUGGCCGCAGCCGGGAUCCUCGGACCGGCAGAGGGAGAGAGUUGUUUAAAGUACAGCAAGAAGGAUUGGGAGCGAGUCAUGAAGGUCAACUUGGACGGGGUGUUCUAUACCUGUCAAGCUGCGGCCAGGGGGAUGGUCGAGACCGGUUGCAAGGCGGGGAGCAUCGUCAUGAUUGCCAGUAUGAGCGGAAGCAUUACCAACAAGGAUCAACCUUGGGUCGCGUAUAACACGUCCAAAUCGGGCGUGCUGCAGAUGGCACGAAGUAUGGCGUGUGAGCUGGGCAAGGAGAACAUUCGCGUCAACACCAUCUCUCCGGGCCAUAUCUAUACCAAGAUGACGGCGGCUUUACUGGACGUACAUCCUGAAACUGGCGAUCUGUGGUCCAACUCGAACCCCUUGGGUAGGCUGGGUCAAGUCCAUGAGCUACGGGGAGUUGUCACCUGGCUAGCUUCUGACGCCUCUUCUUUCUGUACGGGUAGCGACAUUCUCGUUUCUGGUGGUCACCACUCCUGGUGAUCGCUCCCGGCCAGCGAGCAUUCUCACAUCAGAAGGAUAUCGGAUGAACCGUUGUAACCUGAUGAAAGGCAAGAGUUGUAAAAGGAAGCUUGUAUUCUGUCUCAAGGCGAUUUAUGAUGUAUGGUG